GUUUCUUGCCAGGUGGACGUGGUGCUGCACCUCUCACAGUCACCAUUUCCUCCUCGGAGAGUUCCACGCUGGCACAGGGGCCGCUUCCCCGACUAAGCAUCGGGCAGAAGACCCUGGUGGUGGCUGCUGUGGGGGUCAUGCUGGUCCUCAUCCUGGUGGUCCUCAUCCCUGUGCUGGUCAGCUCGGUUGGCACAGGUAGCGUAGAUGACAGCACGAGCCACUAUGAGAUGCUGGGCACCUGCCGCAUGGUGUGCGAUCCUUUCGUAAGCACGGGCACGGCAGGCACGGGCGUGCAAGUGGGAACAGAUACUGCAACCGUGGGCCUCCAGGUAGAUCAUGAGACGGACCUGACUGAUUACAGCAUGAGCCCGCCGCUGCCAACAUACAGCGCUCAUGGCCCACAAAGCAAACCAGGACGUCCGGGGAAGCCUGGACCCCCAGGGCCACCUGGAGAGCCAGGUCCACCUGGACCAAAGGGACCCCCGGGAGAUAAGGUGGACAUAGUUCGAACAGGGAUCCUAAGCCUAGGCAAUAAAGGGGCGGUUAGCACAACUACAUACAACACUACGCCUCGGGUGGCUUUUUACGCAGGACUACGAAAUCCUCAAGAAGGCUACGACAUCCUGCGCUUUGAUGAUGUGGUGACCAAUAUUGGUGGCAACUAUGAAGGUGCGACGGGCAAGUUCACCUGUAAGAUUCCUGGCACUUACUUUUUUAUCUACAACGUGCUGAUGAGGGGAGGAGACGGCACCAGCAUGUGGGCGGAUCUGAUCAAGAAUGGGCUGGUCAGGGCCAGCGCCAUCGCCCAGGACCAGGAUCAGAGUUAUGACUAUGCCAGCAACAGUGUCAUCCUUCAUUUAGACGCCGGCGAUGAGGUUUUCAUAAAACUGGACGGCGGCAAAGCUCACGGCGGCAACAGCAACAAAUACAGCACCUUCUCAGGGUUCAUCCUCUACGCCGACUGAAGACUAAACAGGGCCUGACCUCAGAGGUCAAAGAUCACACUCAGAAGACGCAUUCUGUGUCUUUUGCGAGCCCACAGCCACUGAUCCGUAGGCUUUUUACAUGCACUUUUUUGUUAUCGUUGUUGUUGUUGUUUUCUUAACAUCAGCACUGAUUUGGUGGAUGAAGGCCGCGGAUCUGUUGUUAUUGGUAACCGUGUAUCUCCUUGUCUAUAUAUCCAGUGUGAUACGGGGCACCCGUGCCGCUAACCAUGAUGGACAUAAACAAACCUAACAGUGACAGUCUCUGCCACGUGUCACACCGAGGUGACACUGAAGAAGCCACACCGUCAUUUCCAGCUGUCACUUCCAAUCCAAAUCUGCAAAUCCAACAGUGGUGGCGACUGCAGCGCGCAGAAUUGUGCUGUUUACUUUCAUAUGAUGUUUUCUCGUGUUGUUUCUAUCAUAAUGUCGUACUACACAAAAAUCUAAGAAACACAAAAAUACUCAUUUGUCAAAAGCUACGGCAUAAAAUGGAGAGUGUGAAAUGUUUGAAAUGGUAAGAUUGUCAAAAAUAAAUCUGUGAUCACCAGGGCUUCAAAUCAGAAUCCUACU